CCAGUCACGGGUGGAGCUGUAUUACUGUAAUAGUUGAAUUACGUCAUACUGCGCCAUAUUAUAGUGUCCAGAAAAAAGGCUGACCAAAAGCAUAGCUCGAUUUUCCGGAACAGUUGACGCAGUUUCGCUCCCUGCCGCUGGUAGCAGGGCAGUCACUUUCAAACAUUUACAGGAGUAAAGUCGAGCUUCUUCCGCUUUACAGCAGAUUAACGUCGAGUUUUCUCUCUGUAGUGGCCGGGCUGGAGAGGAGAAGAGCUGCUGGAGCAGAGCACUGGUGCAGAUCUGGAGCCGAAGAAGUGUGCGCUGGAAAGUGCAAAAAGUGAUAUUGUAGCAAAUAAACAAAGGCAAAACGCACGUUUCUGCAUCAUGUCGGUGUUUUGGGUUACAGUGGUGCUGAAACCCAAGCUCCCCAGAUGACCCCCAAGCAAUUCUGGAGGUGUUCCAGGCAACCACGGUCGCAUACUAGUGGAAGCCCAGGUGGCGGCGCUGAGCCUUCUCACAACAGUGUACGUGUCCUUUCUGACGUUAGGAGAGCCAUCGUGGACUGAUUGGGGCCCUCCCCUGAGGACCAUCAGCGCCCCUUCCAGAUGGGAUGGGAGGACUGGCCCUUGGCGUUCAGGAGGCUGCAUGGCGCUGCAGCACUGUUUUGAGAGUGUUUUGCAGUUAUGUUCUGCCAUACAAAUCUCAUGAAGCAUCACUUUGAAACGCAGGCUGGUGUGAUGGUGUGUUCGCACCACUACAUGUUACCUGAGCACGAAAGACAAAUUGUGCAAAACGAACUGGCAGAAAUGUUAAAGCUGGAAAUAGUAGAAGAGUCGCACAGUGCUUGGUGUAGCCCCAUAGUUAGGUCUAUGUGGUUCUGUGUGAAGUAUUGCAAGAUGAACGAAGUGCCACCGUUUGAUGCCUACCCAAUGACCCAGGUCGACGAGCUCCUGUGUACAUCAUUGACUGCCCCAUUGUGUACAUCAGCUGAAAAUUUUCGGAGCAUGAGGCCAGGUACGGUACAUUAGAAAAGGAGUGCCUGGCCAUCUGGUGAGCGGUCAACUCCCUAUUUCUGUAGCGGCAGGGCCGGAGAUAAAGAGAGCUGCUGGAGCAGAGCACCGGUGCAGCUCCGGAGCUGGAGCAAAAUUCGCUGGAACGUGCAAAAAGUGCUAUUAUACAAAGAAAAAAACGACAAAGCACAAGCUUCUGCGUUGUGUCAAAUCCUUUGGGUUACAAAUCGGUAUUGAGGGAAUUAGAUUUUUUAUUUUGUUAUUUGCACAAGUUAAAUAAAUGUUUUGUCUUAACACUUCAAUGAGUUCAGCCAUUUCUCCACAGCUGGGGCCUUAAUGUGAUUCAGACUAUGUUCAUUUUUUUCUACUCUUCUCUCUUUCAGUCUCCAGGAUCUACAGGCAGGAUGUCUGUCACUGUGUCCAAGGCUGAUGGAGUCACUAUACUCACCUUGACCUCUGACCCUAAUAGCCCUUGGCCUCCUCUGUGCCAGAUCCUCAAGAACCUUUGCAGCAGUCCAGUGUGCUGCAAAGUGUCUCAGCACCUGAGGCGCCUCAAAAGACCUUCUGAGAUAGUGCUGGGGACUCUGCAGAUUAUGAUUGGGCUUCUCAAUGUUGUCCUCGGAUCAAUCCUUAUAAGCCAACACGAUGGAUCAUGGACCAUGAGUUAUACCGGCUAUCCUUGUUGGAUGGGAGGGUUGUUCAUCAUGUUUGGAAUUGUCAGCAUUUUGUCUGACAAGUAUCCAAGUCCAUGUCUGGUUAUCGUCAAUGUGAUUCUGAAUCUGACUGGCGUUGCUUUUGCCAUUGCAGCUAUUGUGCUGUAUAGCAUCAGUGUAUCUAAUCUAUAUUGGCCGGAAAUGUGUUAUGAAUGCUACGGCGGCAAAACAGUAAUUAUGAUGCUCUACAGAAGCAUCAUUGCUGUGCUAAUUGUGCUGUCAGUCCUGGAGCUCUGCGUCACCAUCAGCUCAGUCGUCUUGGGGAUCAAGAGUCUGAAGAGCAAAGAAAAGGGACAAACCAAGAGCACUGAUGACCCAGAGCUCUACAAACCACUUCUCGAGGAAGUUACCACUAAGCCUACAGUCUGAAUGUAAUAGUGCUGUGAGGAAUUGUAAGCAUGUGCCUUCAUAGCUUUGACUCUGUACUACGACUAUAUUGGUCCAUGUUACAUAAAAAUAACGGAAUCUGUUGCACGUUUCAUCAGCAUUUGACUACAGACGUGAGGGCUGUAGGUCUUUAGUCAUUGAAGCUGAGGCACUGAGGCAACACUGUCUAUAUACUUUUGGCAGUGAUGUUAUUAUUUUAGUUGUGACCAUCAUGGAUGCAAUGUGUUUUAGUGGCGAAAGCAAUCACUUCUAACAUUAUAACUAUGCUUAAAAAAGUGAUCACAUUUUUAAGCAUAGUUAUAUUUAGAAUAAACUUAUUUAAAAUUUUAUAAUGAUAUCUAAUUUGAAGCCAUCUCUAAGCUUAUGAGAUCAUGCAUAUACUGUAUAUAGAUCCAUGAUGUCAAGAGAUGGGUUAUGAAGCCUUUUUGUGAAGCUGUGGGCUGAGUGUUUUCGUCAUCGUAGUGUUUUGAAAUGACUCGAGAGUUUUCAAAUUUCGUCUCCUUUAUUAGUGCUAGUACGACUGGACUGAGGACGAUCUGCAGGGCAGUUUGGACAGAUACUAGAACCUUUUUGAAUGGUUUUGACAACUUCCCAUGCUGUGGAUUUUUGGAUGACAUGUAUAUCUAUACCCCAAGUGGAGGAGUUUAAGUAUCUCAGGGUCUUGUUCACAAGUAACGGGAGAAGGGAGCAGGAGAUCGACAGACGGAUUGGUGAAGCGGCCGCAGUACUGGUCUGUUGUGGUGAAGAGAGAGCUGAGUGUAAAAGGAAAGCUCUAAAUUUACCGUUCGACCUAUAUCCUUACCCUCACCUAUGGUCAAGAGCUGUGGGUAGUGACCGAAAGAACGAGAUCGCGGAUACAAGCAGCAGAAAUGGGCUU